CAAGUGUUUUUGAAACUAUAAUGGUACAUCGAUAAACAUUGCAAUUUUUAUAUCCAUAAAAUUCAUCGACCAAGCGGAGUCUCACUAAAUUCGAGACGCAUCGGAAUAAUAAGAAAGUUUUACAGCAACAUGUUCGUACCAUACGUGCUGGUCACUACAUGGUUUGAUUAUUUUAGCUAAAAACGAAUACUUUGUCAAUUACUAUAUAUGCAGUUGGACCGCCACCAAUUCGAGCUCAGUCGGUAAUUUCGAAUUCUCCGUUAGUUCGAAAUCAAAACCGUUUUCCUUGGGCUUGCCUUUCAUUCAUUUUCUACUGGCUACUAUUGGCUAUUUCGAACCUCGCUAUUUCGAACUAUUUUUGGUUUUCCCUGAGAGUUGGAAAUACCGGGGCUUAACUGCACUAGUAAAGUUCUUAAACUAAAAUCAUCGAAGGCCCGGGAAAAGUAAUUAGCUCCAUGCCUUUUGUCACGAGAGUCUGUGGUUGGGCACCACGCGAAAUUCGCGAUCGCGUGAUAACCAGCUAUAACUCAAAGUCCCAUUUUCAGUAUCAGCGCUUUAUUGUUGCCUCACAUGACGACGAAAGCGGGGAUUUUUUCGAUCGGUUACUGACUUUAAAUGGCAUCCAUUCCCCAGACCGGAAGUUCCCAACAGAAAUUUCCGGGAAUCGUUUGCACAUAGUUAACAUGCAGCCGCAUAAUCGAUCUUUCGUUAGCCCCCUGGAAAUGUUGCUAAAAAAAGUGGGGAAAUCAUUGCAAUUUGAAAGCGAAAAACGCUUGAUUUGCCAUAAAUUAACAACGGACUGCGGACUACGAUCACGAGACAAAGGCUGAGAUUUUCGUUCUUAUCAUAAAAACUUUCGAAUUUAAGGCUUCAGUAGAUAGAACGGCGACUUAGUCUUACUGAUGUGUUCCAACAAGGUCAAAUUCCUUCAGCGAGUAGAUGAAUUACUGAAAUGUCCAAUAUGCGAGAAUGUUUUCAUCGAGCCAUGGCAGACUUCUUGCGGGCAUCGCUUCUGUCUCAAAUGUCUGGAGUCUCUUCUAAGAUCUUCAUGUCCAAGAUGUCCCAUAGAUGGCAACAACAUCGCACGAAAUACUUCCUUUCUUGACAAAUGUUGCGAAAGAGAAGUUUUGAAUCUUCAGUGUUGCUGCCAAUAUGAGAGCAGAAAUUGCGACUGGCGCGGAAACUUUCGACAACUUCAGGCGCAUGAGGACAGUUGUCAGUAUGGUGACGUGUUUUGCAGAGCGUGCAGUAAAGUUAUGGAAAGAAGAUUUCUUGAAAGCCAUACAACAAAUGAAUGUGUAAACAGGGCGGUGGAAUGUACGUACUGUGGAGGGCAGGUCCGACGUAACGACAUGAAGGAUCAUUUGGAAGUGUGUCUCAAGGUUCCCAUUGAUUGCAUCUUACAUUGUGGAAAAGAGACUAUGCCACGUGACAUGAUGGAAGUGCACAUGGCUACUCAUUGUCCCAAGGUGGAGGUGCUGUGUCCUUUCUCUCCUCACGGUUGUGAUUUCAAAGGAAAGAGGGAGACUAUUCACGAGCACAUCAAGGUCAAUUUAAAGUGUCACUUGGACAUGAUGAACCAAUCAAGUAAUGAAUAUCACGCGAUAGCCAAAGAAAUAGGAGAGAAAGUCUGUCGUCUUGAGACUGAAAAAAAGGGUUUGGAACUUCAACUUCAUAACCAGAACGAAGAACUUGUAGCAGCUAGAAUCAACAUAAAGACGCAGCAGACGAAAAUAUCUAUCAUAGAGAGGUCAAUAUGCGAGCAAGGAAGGGAUAUGGAAAAACUACUUCAUGAUUUUAAAUCUAUGGCAGAUAAUGGAAACAGAGAUGCUGCUUCCUUUCAGAUGCAGGAAAUUCUAAAUACGAUAAAGCAUCAUGAGGCGGAGAUGGCCGUCUUAAAAAACAAGCUCGCGCAUCCAAGAGUUGUUGGCCAGACGGCACAUGAUAACGAGCUCUAUGGCGAUUCGUCUUCAACUCGAGCCUGCGACAGGCGCUUGGACCGAGCUGAACAUCAGCUAACCUUACACGAGAUCCAACUGUCAGAACAAGAUACGCAGAUUCAGAGGCUAGAGGCGACUUCAUACAAUGGUGAUUACGUUUGGAAAGUCGACCAUUUCAGCCGACGGUAUGACGAAGCUAUCUCUGGCAAGACGCCAUCGAUUUAUAGCCCACCAUUCUACGUUGGCCGGUUUGGUUACAAAGUUUGUGCCCGUCUUUACCCCAAUGGGGAUGGUAAUGGCAAAGGGACACACAUGUCUAUGUUCUUUGUCAUCAUGAGAGGUGAAUAUGACGCGUUAUUACCUUGGCCUUUCAUCCAAAAGGUUCAUUUCAGACUUCUGGAUCAAGAUAGAAUCCGUGACGUGUUUGACGCCUUUCGCCCGGAUCCUAACUGUGUGAGUUUUAAAAGACCCACGUCAGACAUGAAUGUAGCCUCUGGUUGCCCGACUUUUGUUUCCCAUUCAGAGCUCAGACAAGGUGGUUUUGUCCGGGAUGAUACCAUGUUCAUCAAAGUAACAGUCGAUAUGGCAAAUCUUCAGGGAGACGUAACCUACUGAACAUCUUUCCACCAAAGAGGUUUGGGCGUUGGUUUUAAAAAUCCGCAACCCAUGUCUGGAUAUGACAAACUGAAUAUUAAUUCAUGUUAGGCUUUAGUUUUUCAGUUAUUUCAUUUGAUCUCAUAGACUGAGUUGAAAGAAGACACAAAACAUGAUAGCUACAUGCAUGUACACUGCUACGCUGUAACCCAAGUACAUCCUUUUUAGUCCAGGAAGGAGUUAAAUAAGAAACAAAUUGUUGCUAGUCUAGGAAGGAGUUAAAUAAGAAACAAAUUGUUGGUAAUAAAUACUCCCCUAUGCCAUUAUUUUAUAUUUAAUUAUCGAUCGUAAAAAAAUUUACUUAUUUCUCCUUGCGAACAAAUACUGAUGAUUUUGUGACCAAAAAGAAAAACGCUGGUGAGGUUCUUGGUUUGUUUGUUAAACUUGAAAUUGUUAUCUCUAAUGUGGAGGUAUCUUUAGCCAGGACUUUAGACAGGACUUCAGGAAGUAAAAACGGUCACAAUAAUAACAUUUUAGUAUUGUAAUAGAUAUUUUCUGUCCAAGUGCGUUUUUGCUUGGCUUUUGAACGAAAUUUUCAGUCUUUGCAUUAACUGCAUCAAGCAAAAUAGCUUUGGUAAGUAUAUGGCUGUUUUGGGAACCAUAGGUGUGUGUCAUUCGGAGAGACUCCAAAAACUACAAAAUAGGACUGCACGUUUAAUUACUUUCUCUGAUUCAAAUAUAAGAUCUUCCACUUUACUUAGUGACCUUUCAAGAGCUGCUGCAUUAUUUUGAGAAUAUAUUUGCGACUUUUCACGUUGAGGAGCCGUUGGGGAGCCAUUUAGCAACCACAACGAGCUUCGCAAUCGCGUGAAAAAAGCAACACCAGCUCGAUUAUUAAAGACGUAAACAUCGACCAUUGCGGAUUUUUCAUUUAAAGUUAGUUUCCAUGGACAAGUAAAUAACUGAAGUCAUUUCAUUCAGUCCUAAUAAAGCAUGUGAAACUAUUGACGGGCAUUGUAUGCGUUCAAAAUUUGUGGGAAAUCCAAUUAAUUUAAUCUCCUGGAUAAUCACUGUAUUUUCACUGAAACUUUAUGCGUUCGCAUUACAUAAUUUUUUUUUUAUUCAAACAUCCUAAAAAUUAAUAUUCUGAAUAUUUGAAAUAUCACUAGAAAUUGCAAUAAAUGAUUAUCAACAGCAAGCCCAGCGUCUGAGUUGGAGACGGCUACAUAUUAUCAAAUUGUAAAUAAACCUGAAGUCUUUGACCAGCUCUUCUCAAGCUCAUUAAUAAUUCAUCAAGUUUAAACAAAGGAAAUCAGGACGGUGACGGUGUUUGGAUAU